CAAAAGAUCAAAGUUUUCUACCAGGCGUUAAUUUUUAAUCGCGAGUCUGGGCUAGAGGUCUGGAGCCAAGCCUCUGCUUCCCGCCUCUUUUAAGUUCAAAAUGGAGAACUUUACUGAAGAUGUCGGUUCUCUCGCAAACAUUUUGACGAAUUUACUUAACAGCAGCUCAGGAAACGUUACAGAAACAAAGUUUCUGACAUCAGAUUCACAACACGGGUAUAUUAUUUGGGCCAUACCGCCGAAAACGUACCAUCCGUUGCGAAGAAUUGUCGGUAAAAGUUCAAGCGGGUUUUUUAUCGUCGGCAAAAGUUUACAAGACUGCGAAGAUACCCCGGAUUCAGCAAACCAAACGAGCUCUAACCUGAAAAGAUUCAAGAGUGAAAGAGUCCCAGUCGGCACACCGCUUUCUCAAGAGGUGUUUUAUCUCACAAAUAGCGAGCCCUUGCAAUCGUAUGCCGGCGUUAGCAAAGAAGAUGGCUGCAAUACAAAAGGUUGUCUCAGUGAAUGGUUGUUGUCACAGGAAAAUGUUUUCCCGUGUCCACUAGAAAGUGCAAGAUACUUUCAAUCUAUUUAUGCCAAUGCACUGAGAGGUGAAUUGCAGCCUUUGGAGAUAUGGGUGUACGUUGAUGGGAAAAAUCCCCAGGGGAUUACCUAUCUUGGCAUGGUCCCUGAAGAAAAUUGUGUUCACUCCAAAACCAAGGACAUUGAAAUUGUUAGAAGGAAUUCUAUGAGACAUGUGAUCUACACCAGCAGGAAUGUGCCGAUACUGGCUAAGGAAGAUCUACCAGAGUUGAGUGUCUUCUUACGGCAUCAUCUGUCUUCUAGUUCGUCCACUGCCUUUGUCGAGACCCAUGGUUAUGCCCUCCAUGAAGUGAUGGGUGCUUCAAGUUCUAACAGUCAAGAAUGCAAAAAUAGUACAAUUGCUGUAGAGUUGACGUGGAGUGGGGUCAACUCUCUACUUCAACCUCAUCCACAUUCAUGCGAUGGCGUUCUCCACAUUAAGAGCAUUCCUGGUAGUGUUCACCUGGCCACUCACUCAUUGUUCCUGGAAUUGGUACAAGUUGAUCAAUUUUCCAAGGUCUUAGAGAAUGAAGAUCUUCCUUGGCCUAUUCCUACAACUGCUGCUGCAAAUCCAGUCUCUUCACAAAUGGAUGCAUUCUUUGCCAAGUUAAAUUCCAGCAAUGUGUUUUCACCAACAGUCCAAGAAGAUGAAGAAGAAGGAGCAGAAGAACGCACCUUUGCUGAGGCGUCAAUGGCUCACUUAACUUUUCAAGAGUUUGCUCGAAAGGACUUGGACUUCACUGAGAGACUUUGGCUUUUAUUGAAGGAUUGUGUCAAUGAAGAUGAUCUCAUUUCUACAUUGCAAAUGUGCAAUGUAGCGUUAUUCAAUGGCCGAUGUCAACCAGUUGUCCACAGCUCAAACAUGACAUCUCUGGCAGUGUUUAUCCGGGAUCUGCUGCAGUUUGAAACAAAAGAACAGCAGGAGAAACUGCAAAACAGAGCCAAGCAGUUUCUUUCUCCUGAUCUAGCUAUCAAGUGCUUAAUAGAAAUUGGCUGUGAAAAACUUGCCCGAGAUUACACCCAGUUCUUCAUUUACCAGGAGCUAGCAACCAUGGGGCAACUGGCGAGCUAUCUCAACAGCAAUGUCCCAAUUCAUACCAGAGUCUCAAACAUCAAGAAACUUCACCAGACGCUUGAACUGGUUGUUACAGCCAAAUCUGUUACUCGACUAGGCCACGAAAACCUACGAGCCUUGACACAGAGUGCUCUCACAUACUACCAGUCACAUGCUGAUAGUCAACAACCCAUGUUCUCCUUGUCACUGCCAGCAUUUGGAUCAACUUCUGGGGCAGCCGUAAAGAGCAUCUGCGCCUCAUCUAAUCCUGCAGUGUGGUGUGUUGCAAUCAAGUCCAAGACAAAGAUUGGAAGUCAUACGACCAUUGUGCAGCUAAGUACAAGUUGUCCAGAAAAUGUUGAUGCUUCUGAAAGCCCUGGGUUUGAUGCCACUCAGCUGAAUGAUGAUGACUUUGACCCAGACAAAGAUAAAUUUCAGUAUUUUCUUUCCUGUGCAAAACAAGUGUUCAUGCCAAUUAUUCGAUAACCAAAUGGACUAUGAUGACUGGAUGACAUUCACUUAGAUUUCAGAUGAAAGAUUGUUUAACAAAUAAGCAUUUAAUCUAUCUGUUAUUGUACUCUUUCAAAUCUUGGAUGCAUAUGAAAAAUUUACAGUGAAAAGAAUAAAUUGAGGUUCAAGAUAUGUAGUUGGGAGGAUUGCAAACAUAGUCUGUAAGGGUAACAUAAAGUCUGCAUAUGAGCCAAGUGGCCCAUUAGGCUGGAGCUUACCCCAGUUUCUGUAGCAUGAACCCUCUUGCUCCUUGCACUAGUGCCUUUUUAAAUUUGUUUUGCUGAUCCAGGAUAAUAUUAAUA